AUGCUCACGGCGCUCGAGGCUUGCAAUGUCAUGUGCUGCCGCGACUGCAUCCGGGAAGAGCACGAGACCCACAUCUACAAGAUUUUGUCAGGCGGCCUGGUAGAACGGCAACGACGGGGGCUGUCGGAGCAUGCCCAGCAGCUGCGCAGCCUAGGCGCCUCCCUGCAGGACAGCACGACAACCCUGAACCAGCCGUGCCUAACAGCCACUUAG